AGCUGAGAAAGUGCCGUGGCUGCCUCAGGAUAGGUGGAUCAGAGUUUGCUGAUUGAACGGAAUGUUCCACCGUGGUUCAUCUGUAUUCAUUUUCCUUUGUUCUUUAUAGUCUGAUAAAUUGGGAUGAAAGUAAAUGUAGAUAUAUAUGUGAACGAUUUAUUUUCCUUUAAAGCUGUUUGCUGUGUUCGGCAGGGAACAUACUUCUCUUGUCUUGGUUGGAUGCACAAAUCUGUGCGCUGUGCUAUUUGCCCGUUGCCUAGACGAUCACUUGGUUUCUCUGAGGAUGUCUGGUUCCCGCAAAGAGUUUGAUGUGAAACAGAUUUUGAAAAUCAGGUGGAGGUGGUUUGGCCAUCAAGCAUCAUCUAAUUCUUCAGUGGACAGCCAGCAGGGAGAAUUUUGGAACCGAGGACAGACUGGAGCAAACGGUGGGAGAAAGUUUUUAGAUCCGUGUAACCUACAAUUGCCUUUGGCUUCAAUUGGUUACCGAAGGUCCAGCCAACUGGAUUUUCAGAAUUCACCUUCUUGGCCAAUGGCAUCCACCUCUGAGGUCCCUGCAUUUGAGUUCACAGCAGAAGGCUGUGGUGGCGCACACUGGCUGGAUGGACCAGAAGUGGGUGAUGGCACGAGUGAAGAGGAAAAUGAAUCUGACUCCAGCUCGAGCAGGACUUCCAAUAGUAGCCAGACAUUGUCAUCCAGCCAUACUAUGGAGCCGUGUUCAUCAGAUGAAUUCUUCCAAGCACUUAACCACGCAGAACAAACGUUUAAAAAAAUGGAAAACUACUUGAGACAUAAGCAACUGUGUGAUGUCAUUUUAGUCGCUGGCGAUCGUAGGAUUCCAGCCCACAGACUGGUGCUUUCCUCCGUCUCGGAUUAUUUCGCUGCUAUGUUUACUAAUGAUGUCAGGGAGGCAAGGCAAGAAGAAAUAAAAAUGGAAGGUGUAGAACCGAAUUCAUUGUGGUCCUUAAUUCAAUACGCAUACACAGGCCGACUUGAACUGAAGGAGGAUAACAUCGAGAGCCUGCUGUCCACAGCGUGCCUUCUCCAGCUCUCCCACGUUGUGGAGGCCUGCUGCAAGUUCCUGAUGAAGCAGCUCCACCCGUCCAACUGUCUGGGAAUCCGAUCUUUUGCCGAUGCUCAAGGCUGCACAGAUUUGCAUAAAGUGGCUCACAAUUACACUAUGGAACAUUUCAUGGAAGUAAUCAGAAACCAGGAAUUUGUAUUACUCCCAGCCAAUGAAAUUGCAAAACUCUUGGCCAGUGAUGACAUGAACAUUCCUAACGAGGAGACAAUACUGAAUGCACUUCUUACUUGGGUCCGGCACGAUUUGGAGCAGAGGCGGAAAGAUCUCAGUAAACUUUUGGCUUAUAUUAGGCUACCUCUCCUUGCACCACAGUUCCUGGCAGACAUGGAAAACAAUGCACUUUUUCGGGAUGACAUAGAAUGUCAGAAACUCAUCAUGGAGGCAAUGAAGUAUCAUUUAUUGCCUGAGAGACGACCCAUGUUGCAGAGUCCUCGGACAAAACCUCGAAAGUCAACUGUUGGAACAUUGUUUGCAGUUGGAGGAAUGGAUGCAACAAAAGGAGCAACAAGCAUUGAGAAGUAUGACCUCCGUACAAACAUGUGGACUCCUGUAGCAAGCAUGAAUGGGAGGAGGCUACAGUUCGGUGUCGCGGUGUUAGAUGACAAGCUGUAUGUGGUUGGAGGGCGAGAUGGGCUGAAGACUUUGAACACUGUGGAGUGCUUCAACCCCAAAACUAAAACCUGGAGUGUGAUGCCGCCUAUGUCCACACAUAGGCACGGCCUUGGUGUGGCUGUGUUGGAAGGGCCCAUGUACGCCGUAGGAGGCCAUGAUGGCUGGAGCUAUCUAAAUACAGUGGAGCGAUGGGACCCUCAGGCUCGCCAGUGGAAUUUUGUUGCCACUAUGUCCACCCCCAGGAGCACAGUAGGUGUGGCAGUACUAAGUGGAAAACUUUAUGCAGUUGGUGGCCGUGAUGGGAGCUCUUGUCUCAAGUCAGUAGAGUGCUUUGAUCCUCACACCAAUAAAUGGACACUGUGUGCCCAGAUGUCCAAAAGGAGAGGCCGUGUUGGAGUAACCACCUGGAAUGGACUGCUGUAUGCCAUUGGAGGACACGAUGCUCCCACAUCCAACUUGACUCCCAGACUUUCAGACUGUGUGGAGAGAUAUGAUCCCAAAACAGACAUGUGGACGGCAGUGGCCUCCAUGAGCAUUAGCAGGGAUGCAGUGGGCGUUUGCUUGCUUGGCGACAAGCUGUAUGCUGUUGGAGGUUAUGAUGGACAGACCUACCUGAACAUAGUGGAGGCUUAUGACCCCCAGACAAACGAGUGGACCCAGGUUGCUCCACUGUGCCUAGGAAGAGCUGGCGCCUGUGUCGUGACUGUGAAGAUAUGAUAUCAUAGUUUGUUCUCUAAAUGAAGAUGCCCUCUCCCUCUAUGGAAUAAGGACAGUCCUACCUGUGGGUUAAUUUUUAGUGAGCACGCAGUACCACACUCCUAGGCACAAAAUGCCUCAUUUCAAAGUGAAGAUGUUGAAACAAUGGGGGAAGGAAUGAAUAUAACAGCAUGAGACACUUCAUUUCUUAGUAAGUUAAAGCUACAGCCAGUGGACUGGGAACAUACGUUCUUGAUGUACAAUAUGAAUCCAAGUGCACUGCCCCAGAACAAUCCAGCACUAACUGGGGAAUGCGCCUAUUUUUAGUCAGGCACCUUCUACUCACAUUGUCUAGAGUUAUUACAGUUCAAGAAUACAAACUUUUAAAAUGUUAUUUUGUAAGUUUGUCAUAAAUGAGUUUCCAUACUUUUGUCCUUUAAUCGAACCACUGUUUUAAUGACAUACUAAAGACUUCACCCUCUAGGGUUUUUUUUUCCAGGUACAAUGAUAUUACAUAUGCUCUAGUUAUGAAUUUUAGUACUAAAAUUGGUUUAACCCAAGAAUAAAGAAAAACACGUAAGGCAUUAAAAAAAUGACUGACCAAAUAAAUACUUGAUAGGACCUCUGGGUCCUACUUAAAUAGCCAUUCCAUAGAGAGCCCCCAAGAACUGUGAUGGGAUCUCAGAAGUGAAAGCAGGAGCGUUACAUUAAGAUAUGCAAGUUUAUGUAGAAAGUAAGUACUCUAUCCUCUAGGAUGUUCUUCCACCCAACCAGUAUGCAAUUAUGUAGAUUUAUUUUCUUUUAUAUUACAAAAGGUCAUUUGAUUUUAUCUUUUUGAUACUGACACAGUCGUUUUGGCUGUUCCAACCUUCUGUCUGCUGCCUUGCUCCUAACAUUUUGACACAGUUAGGAACUCAUUGUAAUCAAAAGGUGGUGUGGGAGGGGGGUCGUGUUAACCAAGUGUUUGAAAACUAGGUUUAAAGUGUUUGUUACUCAAAGUUUUGUACAUUUGUAAACUCUAAUUACAUACGUGAAUGUUAAUAGUCUCUGUGAAUUGUUUAUUGCCUAUAACAUGCCCUGGGCAGCAAUAUUGUAUGAAAUUCUCUUUAAAGGAGAAGUCAUUAUCUUAAUAUAAAAUGGAUAUAAAACUAAAGUCUCAUCUUUUAAAGUA